GUCAGGUUGAUAUCUUUAACUGCGCAUGCGUGUGUGGCAGUGUCCCCCUCCGGACGUGUGUCCUAAAGAUUGCAAAUUAUAUAUUAUUGUUGAGAAAUUUAACCCAUAACAGAAUAAAAUUGAAGGUGAAUACAAUGCUCCGACUCAGUGUAAGAGCAGCUGAUGCUGCAGCCCGGAGGCGACUCUGCCAAAGAGGGCCGCGGAUCAUUCUUCAACAUUCUCGACCCUAUACAGAAGGGAAUACUGGUGGUUCAGCUGCUAAAAUAGUUGCAGCAGGCUUGGUUUCAUUUGGAGGUGGAAUCGGGGGUACGGUCCUGUACGCUAAAUGGGACUCAAAGUUCCGGACCACGGUGGAGAAGAAUGUUCCGUACUCAGAUUUGUUAUUUGGAUUGGCUUUAGGGCCUGCUACCUCUUUGGAUUCCACUCCGACCAAGAAACAGCUGGAGUUGGCCCAGCCACCUUCUCUGAUGCUAGAGGAGGCCAAAUCAUCCAAGAAUAAAGCAAAGAAAGUUCCAUCUGUGACGGCCGCGACAACCCCUGCCUCGAACAUAGAAGAGGCUUCAGCAGAGGCCUCCCACAUCAUCUCCGCUAUGGGCGAGGUCCCUUCGGUCCCAGCUCCUCAAGACACAGAGGCACCCAAAGAACAGUGUGAAGAAUGCCAUCAACAUAGCCCCCCAGAGAUGGCACUAAGCAGCGAAGAGCCUUCAGAACCAGGAGACGUGUUGACGGCACCAGAAGAACCUCUCAAGGAGCGGCCGGCUGAAGAAGUCACCGCUAGGAUAGCCCAGCAAGACCAAGCUGACCAGGACACACUCGCGUUUGUGUCGGACAAGCUUGAGGACUCCCUGGCCAGCUCAGCCACCGCCACACUGCAGGCCAUUGCAGCUCAGGAAGCUGCUCUCCAAGCAAUUCUGCAGCACACUCAGAAGCUGAAGGAGGCGAUGGAGACUGAGGUCUCCGCUGAGCAGAGGUCUUCCCACUGGAAGGAUCUAGAAGAUGCUGUAUGUGCACGAAGUCGCAACGAAGAAGAGGCUGGAGCAGCUCUAGUGCAGGCCAGAGCCUCUCUGGACUCCCUCCGGGCAGUGGUGGAAUCGGCGAAGGACUCCAGGGUGGCGGCGCUCCGCCCGAUGGUCCUUGCAGCGGAGGAGAACCUCCACAGCAUGACGGUGGACCUGGACCGGGCCGUUGAUAAGGUGCAGUCUGUGGAAUCGGAAGCUAAGAUCGUCUCCCAGUACAGUGAACUGGUCAACGAGGCCAAGCAGCAGUUCCAGAGGGAGUUGAGCAGCAUCACUCCAGAGAUCCAGGCCAAUUGGAAAGGACUGUCCGGCACGUUGUCCGUUGAUGAUCUCAACGCGCUGAUCGCCCACGCCCACCGUCGCAUCGACCAACUUAACCGGGAGAUGGCGGAGCACAGGGUUCGCGAGCAGGUUCACAUCGAGGCGGCGCUGGAGCAGCAGAAGUUGGAGGACCAGAAGGCCUUGGAGAAGGCCGUCAGUCUGGCUGUGGAACACAACCUGGAGAGAGCACGGCUAGAACAAGAGAGGAAGCAGGUGGAACUGAGGGAGGUGAUGGAGGCGGAGAUGAGGACGCAGCUCCGCCGACAGGCCGCUGCCCACACCGACCACCUCCGAGACGUCCUGAAGGUCCAGGAGCAGGAGCUACAGGCGGAGGCUGAGGAGGUGCUGAGCAGUAAGAUGAUGGAGCAGGAGACGCGCUACCGCCAGCUGACCCAAGAGCAACUGGAUAACUUCACCCUGGACAUGAACGCUGCCUACGCCCGUCUGAAGGGAAUGGAGGAGGCUAUCGACAGUCAUGUGAUCGCAGAGGAAGAGGCUCGUAAAGCCCACCAGCUGUGGCUCUCGGUGGAGGCGCUGGGCUACACUUUGAGGAGCUCCAGCCUCGACUCCCUGACCCAGCCCCUGGAGCCUGCCGCCCAGGCCAUCAGAGAGAGCUGUCAGGACGAGUUCGCCGUGGCGCUGGCCGCCGCGCUGCCGGAGGAGUCGCUGCAGCGCGGUGUCUACAGCGAGGAGUCGCUCCGCGCGCGCUUCAACGCCCUCCGCUCCCUGGCACGCCGGGUCGCCCUGGUGGACGAGUCCCACAACUCGUUGUACCAGUACUUCCUGUCCUACCUCCAGGCCGCGCUGCUCUUUGAGGAAAGGCAGGAGGCCCCACCCGCUAAGAUCAGCAGUCAGGACUUGGACCCCUUUAAGAUCCUCUCCUAUGCCAGUUACAGCCUGGAGCAGGGGGACCUCGAGCUGGCUGCCAAGCUGGUGAACCAGCUGAGAGGAGAGGCCAGACGAGUGGUUCAGGACUGGCUGGUUGAGGCCAGACUGACCCUGGAGACUAAACAGGUGGUGAGUCUUCUGUCUGCGUAUGCUAAUGCCGUUGGUUUGGGGACCACCCAGGCUCCAUAGUUCUUCCUGAUACUUUACCAAUACAUUAGUUAUCGAGGCAUUAUCAUAAUAAUCACUCAAAGGAUUCUUUCUUUGCUUUGUGUUACUUUGACUCAUAUUUGAGAAUCGUAUCAAUGCAGCUGAUCUGUGUCGUGUUGAUGUUUCCUGAGAUGCAAUGCAGCCAAAUGUCUCCAGGUGUUUCUGGAUGUUCAGAUGUGAAACGUAUUACUCUUAAGAAUGGGUGUGUUCCAAUAAAUCAUAAACAA